CGCCAGGAAUGGGGCUGAUGAAAUGAUGUUUGUGAGACGGUCAAAGUGAGUCACGUGUGUGCCUUGGGAUGGUCGUCAAUGAUUCCUGACCCCACACCAUGUUAUGAUACUGCUCACUUCUCAGGCGCUGUUACUGAGGCCGGGGCUUUGGUUAAUCACUGGUGUAUCUCAGUUUUACUUUAGGUUACAAAGGAGAGCCUCAUGAAAUUAUUCCCCAUCAAAACUACUUGAAGAUAACAUCCAUUAAAGGAAAGAGUGCUGCCAUGACAGAGCCAGUAUUUGCAGCACCCUCUGAUUUGAUAGAUUCUGGUCCAGCUCCAUGUGACCUAAGUUUCAUGGAAGUUAUUGGUCAGAAAAUGAGAAUUCCUAAUAGACUGAAAGUCACUGAGGAGCAAGAGGAGGAGGAGGAGAAAGCAGAGGAUAUUCACCUAUCAACACUGCAGAUGCAGAUUCCCGAAAGAAUAUCGAUGGGAGAAACAGAAAUGCAGGAUAUUGGUGCAAGACCAUACUUAUAUGGUUGGUUCCACAACAAUCCAUCAAUAACAGAUCCUCCACCACUCAGUAUCUCUCCGAACUUAAUAUUUGGACCCAGCCAUGCUUUGAAUAUGGACCGACCUGAGAGUCCAGUGCAGACUACUACUACCCAACAUUCUAGUAGAUCACGAGCAUUAAGUGAGAAUGAAAUUUGUCUGUCAAGUGUGUCCAGACGGCAGAGGAAUUUGACUGAUCACUCCAGUGGUCCAAAACAUCCCUUCCCUUCACCUGGACCUGGCCAGGCAUCCUUUUCAAUUCAUAAUGUGUGCAACGUAUUAAUUUAUGUUGGACAAAAACUAUCAGAAUACUUGAUGGAAGCAGUCAAUCAGAAAAUGCAAAGAAGGAAUCGGUUCCAUAACCAGUCCCUUUCACGCCGUCUGUAUUCGGAUGGAAUCAAUCAAGCAAGGUAUUCAAGCAUGACCCAUGACUACACAGUACCUGAGGGAGUCCUUGGAAAUUUCAGUGUCAUGGAAAUUGUAACACUCCGGCGUCAGCUGAACAAGUUGAAUCGGCGCCUACAAUUAUUGGAACAGGAAAGUCGGGACCAUGCUCGAAAGGAAUUUGUACUCUAUUCCAUCAUCAUAGCAGCUUGUUUUGUCAACAGUUGGCUCUGGUUGAGGAAGUAGAUUCAUUCUAACUGCAUUUGUAGAGUUGGAGAAGAGUGCUACAAACUGACAGACAGGCCAUCUUCUGAAGGCAGCAAGACGGAAUAUUGGUUUCACUUGUGAAGCAAUCUGUACUAUCACUGAAAUACAAAGAUGACUUUCAAACAGUUUGCUGACAUUUUCUUAAUAGCAUUGCGAUGUAGGUUUGGGCAAGUCGUACUGCAAGUGUUACAAUGUAAUGCAUUCAAAACCUAAUUGAUUAGUUUAAAGUUAACUAACAACUUCAAGGUGAAAGGAAAGGCUGGUAGGCAUAGGGAAUGCUGGAUGCUGAAAGAAAUUGAGGGUUUGGUUAAGAAAAGGAAGGAAGCAUAUGUAAGGUAUAGACAGGAUAGAUCGAGUCAAUCCUUAGAAGAGUAAAAAGGAAGUAGGAGUAUGCUUAAGAGGGAAAUCAGGAGGGAGUAAAGGGGACAUGAGAUAGCUUUGGCAAAUAGAAUUAAGGAGAAUCCAAAGUGUUUUUACAAAUACAUUAAGGACAAAAGGGUAACUAGGGAGAGAAUAUGGCCCCUCCAAGAUCAGCAAGGCGGCCUUUGUGUGGAACUGCAGAAAAUGUGGGAGAUACUAAAUGAGUAUUUUGCAUCAGUAUUUACUGCAGAAAAGGACAUGGAAGA